UUGUUCAGUUGCUUGAUGGAACGCGACGUGCUCACAUUGAAAACUAGAACUCUUCGCUGAUAAGGUCUGAAAACAGCUCCAAGUUAUUUUGACCUCAUAAACAGAAAGAUAAGACAUUGUGGGAUAGACAUGACCGCCAACGGGAACGGAACUGCUCAGGUUUUGGGAGCCGGCAUCGAAGUCGUGGCCCAGCAAAAGCUUCAGCAGGAUUCCAAGAUUUACGAGCGCGUGCAGCAGCUGGGCGCGUUUUUCAAACAGCAGUUCGGAGCGGAUCCAGACUUUUUCGUUCGUGUUCCAGGCAGGGUCAACAUUAUAGGCGAGCAUGUUGAUUACUGCGGCUAUUCGGUGCUGCCCAUGGCAGUGAGCCAGAGCAUUUUCCUAGCGGUGGCCAAAAAUCCAGAGGACAGCCAACUGCAGCUUAGAAAUCUGGAGGAGGCCAAGUUCCCGGGCUAUGAUGCGGAUCUGAAAACACUCAGAAUUGAGUUGCCAAAAACUGGAGGACCAGCCUGGUACAACUAUUUCCUGUGCGGCAUCAAGGGCAUACAGGAGAGCCUGGGCAGUCAGUGGAAGCCUGUGGGAAUGCGCAUUGCUGUGGACGGCAAUGUGCCGCUGGCUGCAGGACUGUCCAGUUCCAGUGCGAUGGUCAGCUCCGCUGUCCUGGCCACUGCGCACGUCCAGGGAAAGCAGCUGGAUCGCAGGGAGCUGGCUUCCAUUUCGGCCAAGUGUGAGCAGUAUAUUGGCACCCACAGUGGGGGUAUGGAUCAGGCUAUCGCUUACUUGGGCCGAGUAGGCUGUGCCCACCACAUAGAGUUCCAUCCCAAGCUCAAGGGCACUCCGGUGACAUUGCCAGCGGGCAAGUGCUUCGUGGUGGCCAACAGUCUGGCGCAAAAGAAUAAGGCCGCUUCGUCGGAUUACAACGAAAGGGUGGUGGAGUGUCGACUGGCCACGCGAUGGCUGGCCAAGCGAAAGGGUCUGAUCAACUGGCAGGACAUUGUGCGCUUCAUUGACUUGGAGGAGGCUUGCCAAAUGGAUAACGAGACAUUCGAGAAGUUGAUUAAGGACACCCUGACCAAGUGGACCUACACGCGAGCGGAUAUCUGCGAGGAGCUGGGAGUCACCGAGCAGGAACUGGAGACCAAGUUCCUCUCCGCCAACACGCGCCACAUGGAGCAGUUCAAGCUGCGUCAGCGUGCUUUGCAUGUCAUCCAGGAAUCCGGUCGUGUUGCCAAAUUCCGGAAGAUUUGUGAGCAACUGGCCUUGGGACCCAGCAAGGCAGGUGCCAAGCAGCUGGGUGAACUAAUGCGGCAGUCUCACGAAAGUCUACGAGAGCUCUAUGAAUGCUCCCACCCAGAUGUGGAGCGACUGAUUGCCAUUUCCAACGAGCAGAAUGUCAGUGCUCGCGUUACGGGAGCCGGGUGGGGUGGUUGCAUAGUGGCCAUGUGCGAUUCCGUUGAAGCGGCUGACGAGUAUAUAAAUGCUUUGAAGCGGGACUAUUACGCCCAUUUGCCAGCGCAUCUCCUGGAGCGCCAUCAGCCCAACAACUUCUGCGAAGUGGUCUUUGCCACACUUCCGGGAAACGGAGCCGAGUUAUAUAUACAGUGAAGUUUUUCCAGCUUAUAAUCCCAAUUGUAUACCAAAAGCCCUUGUCAGUCACUUUAAUUCAGUGGUCAUUUAUAGAGGAAACAUUUAAUGUGUAUGUACAAUAUAUUAACAAUUUAAAAGCUA